AAAUCAAAGUACUGAGAGUACUGAAAGGCGGGGUCUUGGAAGUUUGAAUUUGUGAUUGUUCACGUUUUCCUCCAUUAUGUUCGAAAAAUUAUGAGUUUGAAUUAGUUGUUUCAAUCUACAUGUAGUACUGGUAUUGUACCAGUUAUCGACUAAGACCAGUUAUCGGCUAAACUGAGAGUUCGGGAUUAUAGUGCGCGACUAUCCGAGAUUUUUUUAAUUUGGUCGUCUGCUCCGAAUAAAGAAACGUAAGUUUGCUUGAAAACUUUCUUGAAUAUCCUGUGAACAUUAGCUUAAACGAUCAUUGUUUACCUGUUGAUUUACAUCUUUGCACUUUCAGCAGUGGGGGAAGUGACGUAAUAAGUUGAAAAUAGACUAUGACUUCUGUAAUACGUUGUUAUAUAUCCCUUCUUUGAUUUGACAUGCAAUAUCGAUGCAUACAAACAAAAGGAAAUCGCUGAAUUAUGUAAGAUUCAUAUCGCAGUUAAACGCCUGAUUCGACAACCAUGUUUGAAUAUUCAGUACGAUUUUGUGUAUUACCGCAUGAUACCAAAGUAUUAAUUUUAUUUAGAGUUUUGUUUAUGUGUCAUAACCCUUACGACCUUUAGUCUGACCCCACAAAGGGACAUAAUUCAAAUUACAAUUUGCAGAGAACAUAAAAUUAAUUGCAUCGAUAAAAUCAACAAACCAGUACAUGCAUGCCACUCUAUUUAAUUAACUUGAACCUGCAUAAAAUGCACAGUUAUCAAACUGUUUUAAAGGUAAUGAAAGACAAUAGAUAUUUUUUUUAAAAUUGUAAUUAUAUAAACAAAAAUAAGAAAAAUAUAUUAAGUCCCAUAUCCAAUUCUCCGCCAUCUGUAUUGCCCCCGUAAAAUAACGUUGCAUUCAUAUAUUUUAAUAUUUAUUUGUGUAUAAAAAAAAAGAGAAACAUGAACAAAAGAAAAAGACACCAGUACCAAGAGGAAUGCUUCCAUCGGGCUGUGAGUGAUGUAAGAACAAAAAAGUUAAAUACUUAUCAGGCUGCUCGAGAAUACCAAGUGCCUACGUCAACUGUGUUUGACCACAUAAAAGAAGAAAACAAGAUAGAGAGAUCAACGCCAGGUCCACCACGUAUGCUUACCGAGGACGAAGAAGUGUCUCUAUUAAAUUACAUUAAACAUAUGGGAACAAGAGGUUUCCCCGUGUCGAGAAAACUAUUGAAGUCGUUCGUGGUUGCAAUAGUUAAAGAAAGUGGACGAAAAACAUUGUUCAACCUAGAAAAUGGUCCUUCAAAAUGGUUUUUCAAAAGACAUCCCGACAUUUCGGAAAGAGUUCCCGAGGUGCUAGAUAAUUCUAGAGCUAGAAUGUCCAACUGGACUGUCACGAACCAGUACUUCAAUCUUUUGAAUAAAACUGUUGAAGACUUGGGCCUUAAGGACAAACCUGCACAGAUAUUCAACUGUGAUGAAAGCGGAUUCAGCGGUAAAGAAAAAUGUCGAAAGAAGGUUUUGGUUGGUAAAGGCACACAUGCGUACCAGCAGUCAAAUCUUGGACACUCGCAUUGUACAGCGUAUGUUUGUGUCGCAGCUGACGGCACGGUGCUUCCAACUUGCAUAAUCUUUGAAGGAGGUCUGCCCCACAGGAAUUUUACGGACGGGAUUCUUCCAAGCUGGUUGGCGAGAUUUUCGAGUUGUGGUUCAAUAAUAUUUUUCUGCCGCACUGCGGAAGUAGGAGACCAGUUCUUCUCAUCUUCGACAACCACGAUUCCCAUAUCUCACUGUCCCUUCUUAAAAAGGCAAUGGCUAACGACGUCCAUGCCAUGGGUUUGCUGCCACACACAACCCAUAUUCUGCAACCCCUCGACGUUUCCAUUUUUGGCCCUUUGAAACAAAAGGUAGCAUCACUUGCGGCUUCUGUUGGAUACGUUAAUCAAAAUGCCAUAAUAGGAAAGGCUAUGUUCCCAAUGCUUCUGAGGUACAGAAUCACGAAUAUAUGAAGCAAUGUAGAUAUUGUUUCUAAUACCGGUACAAUAUAUAACAGACACGUAGCAUCGAUUUUGAAAAGGAGGGGGGGGGGGGCGCAGACUCGCCAAAACAAUAUUGACAAAUAAUAAAAGAAUGAAUUUACAACAUCUAUAAACCAUGAAAAUCCUUAUCCGUGGGGCGGGGGGGGGGGGGGUGAUCAAAGGGAAAAUCUAUAA